GUUCUAUUUUCUUUUUACGUUGCUUAUUUUUGGGGUUGGUUUCUGCUUUGGUUUGAUUAUUGUGUAACUGUUAUAAUUCGAAUUGAAAUGUAGAUAAGGUUUAUCAACAACAAAUGAAAGGCGGAGAUGAUAGAUAACAGGAAAAAUAACGACCAGAAAAAUAUCAAAUGCGUAACCGCCCUCAUCUCCGAAAGCCAGAUAAUUCAGAAAAGAGAAUAGAUUAAUCCCGUUAAAACUGAACAAAAACUAAACAAAAACUCAGCGGUUACCUGAAAAAAAAUCCAACAGAGCCAGGAAGACAAGACAGGAGAAAAUAACACCGUAUUUCUCCCCAGCAAACGCCGCGCCUCGGAAACGUUGGCACGCCUGAUAUCGAACAACAACACUCAGUAAGAGGAAAACAAAACCUAGUCCUAGACUGAAAAUGACUCGCAGGGCAUUGUAAAGCUCUCCUCCCGCCUCUCGCUGAAAGGACAGGGGAAAGAUGACAGGGAAUAUUCUAGUGGAGCCCGUGAAUAUUUUAUAACCCGGUGUUUUCUGGCUUGGCAUGGAAAUGUUGAGGCGGACGAAUCGAUCAGACGUCGUCAAUUUGUUCAGAGGCGCCCACGGCCUGUGAUGGAAGAGGCUCAGGACACGUGUGACGCGGGACGCGGCCAAGGGGCCAGUGGGAGGCAGUGACGGUGCAGCAGCGAGUGACGUAACAAAGCGAGAGCGAGCGCAGACCGUGACGAGGCCCCGUGUGAUCCCUCCGGUGACAGGCUCAUCACGCCCGCCCGGCGCUGAUGGCGGGGAACACCUCUCGAUACGGCGGGUUGUGAGAGGCGGCGGCGCCGUGCACCCGCGAGGUCAUGCGACAGAGCUGCGACGGCGGCCAGGAACAUGGCGAGUGUGAGCCCCUGCCUGGCCGAGCCUGCUUCCGGCCCUGGUCCCAGCUCCGGCCCUGGCCCUCCGCCCGCCGCCACCCUGCACCGCCCCGACGCCUCCAGGCCCUUCUCUGUGCGAUACUCACUGUCCUCCCUUCGUAAGUGUGACCCGCGUGGCACUCUGGCCUGCCGCUCUGCAUGGCGCGCCGCCGCCGGGAUGCUGGCGGGCUCCCCUGGCGUCCUGGCACCCGCCUGCCUGACACACGACGGGCUUCAGGCACCGCCGCUCUCGCACGUGUAUUGCAUGCUUGCUUGUCUAACCAUCGCUUGGCAACCCCUCUUGCAGGCUGUGCAUUCUGCUUAUAGAUUGUCUGUAACUACCGUGCAUGACAGCUCAUAGGGAGAGGAAGGUUGCAUGUCGCCUCCAGCCCGCCUUUGUCCGUAGCACCUAGGGCCGCCAGUCUUCUCUCGACCUGUGGAGCAAGUGCGUUGGGGGUUCCGUUUCAGUUGUAGGUGUUUACGGGUAGUGCGGGAAUGCCCGAGGUGUGGUCGCCCUGUGCCCAUCCGUGCGGCGUUGGGGUGGCUCUCGACGACCUGACUCACUAUUAUUAUUAUUUUUAUUUAUUUUUUUUUUUUUUUUAUCCUGACCACUUGUCCGAAUCACUUUUCCUUGUGUGGGUCUUUGUGUAUUCUUUUCCUCUUUCUCUUAUUUGUCUCUCGCAUAUCCAUCCACCAUCUAUCUAUGUGUUUUAACGCGCACAUUCGACCACGUGUAUUCAUCCACCUGUCCAGCCAUCCAAUCAAUCAGUUAACCAACGACUUAACUUUCAACUCACCCACCCUACCUCCCUCCCUCCCUCUCACUCACUCACUCACUCACUCACUCACUCACUCACUCAUCCACCCACCUAUCCA